AUGCAACGAAUUCCAUCGUCUUGCAUGGAAACUACUUUAAAUUUGAACACAAAUGGCAGCAUUUCACAUAAUUGUUUAACCUUUAAUUGGAGUCAAAUUUCAAAUUUGACCAUAAAUUACACUACCUAUAUGAAUUCUGAUACAAAUCAAACAUAUUACGCACAAAUUGGUGCAUUAACUGUUUUGGGCAAUAUUGAUAAUUAUAGUUUAAAUUAUCAAUGUCCACCAAUUGGAUACAAUGGUGUAGCUCCGGGUUGUCUAACUGAACCAAAUACUGAAUUGGUCGUAUUACAUGUCAAUGUUUUAGAUAAUAAAUUAUAUGCUAUAGAUGUUAUUCUGUCUGGUACUCCUUUUCCUUCACCAGAAAAUUUGAUGGAUAAUCAACCACCUUUUGGUAAAGCUCAUCACCAGUUCACUACGGGAAUACCAGUGCAACCUACUGGCUAUUUUCAAGUUUGCAAAAACAAAAAUAGUGAUCAAUGUCCUAAUAAGAAUAUCGAUGAGCACAAAUUACCUCAUCCAUUACCAAGUAAUUAUGGAUAUGGUAUAUUUGGCAUUCAGGCACUUGAUCUUGUUACUAAUUCGACAUGGAUAAUGGAUGACCUGAAUAAACUACUUAUUGUUACUGCAGGUACUAGUUAUUAUUAUUUUAAUGCAACUGGAUUCUUUAUGUAUGAUUCGGUUGAAAAAAAAUGUACAUGGUCAAAUUCUUGUGAUUAUAUUUGUGAAGUCUAUAAUUACAAUUCUCGAUUCUUAGAUUUUAGUGGUGAAUGGAUAAUUACAAAGAAAUGGGGGAUUAACGACAUGCAGCCACUAGCUGUAAAAACUUGGAUUGGAAAUGCUAUUGAUGCCGCUGGUAUCUUUCCGAUUAUCAUGUAUACUGAUAAGAAAACUGGCCAUUACUUAGGAUUAGACAAACUUGAUCCAAUGCCGAUGGUGAAAAUGGGUGCCACAUAUUGGUACACUGAGCAUGGCAACACAACGUCGAGAACUAGCAUUGAAGCCUACCACCCAAAUGUUGUGGAAGUUGGAUGUAUAAAAGAUAUAACUGAAUGGAUGCAUGUUGAGAAAAAUGGUGACAUUGGUUUGAGAUUUGACUAUGUUCGAAUCAUAUUUGCCAUCAUUGUUUUUAAAUAUCUUUCAAAUAUGGAUGAAAGACUCUUUUAA